CCAAUAUAUUCAUACUUUUCAAGCCGUUGAAAAAUCUACUCUUAAAAUCGAAUGAAGGACAAGGCCUGCUAAAUUUAUAUUCAGAACAAGGCAAAUUAUCAAAUAAUGGGCGAAGAAAAGUUUGCAAUAUAAUAAUAAAAGACCUAAUGCAAUCAGACCCAAAUAAAAGAAUAGACAGUUCUCUACUUCUUACAAAAGCACAAGAAAUAACUGAAGUAUUCAAAAAGGAAAAUAUAAGUACUUACUUUAUUCCAUACAUUAAUGAUACUAAACUUAAAAUAAAAAGAUGUGCAAAAGGCAAAUUAUAUGACUGUCUACAAAACAGGCGCCGCGAAUUAAGGGAGGCUAAGGUUAUUAAAAAGAAAAAUGGCAGCAACAUCAACAAUAACAGCAACGAGCCAGAAGUCGUCGAAGAAGAUGGUGGUGCAGAUGAAGAUAUCCAGUGGCUCCAAAACUGUACAGAACCCUGGCAUUUAGUGAUAGAGAAGUGGCAAAAAACUUCCAAAAAUAGAUUGAAGGAAAUAGAGACUUCAGAAAUGACCAUCGGAGCAUACAUUAAUAAAUAUCCAGUGUUAAAAACGCCACGCGGGCAUGAGCUUCUUAUUGAAGAUUUAAGAAGGGCCCUAUUAGAGCCUGUUCACACUAGCAUUAAUAUCGCCGCGAGCACGCGGCGAGCAAGCUGCGAUAUCACACACAUAUAA